UCAUUUUUAAAGUGUCUUCCGGUAUUUAACGUGCUGCAAUAAAGUAAUGACACGUCAUGUAUUCAUUGAGAAAAUUGUGACCUUAUUUUGAUCCUUUUAAGACCACGUGUCCUGUCUAACAGUUGAAUUAACCUUUACUCAAGAAUUCAAAGUUCAAUGUUUAGAGCAACACUUUCUACUACUAAAUGAGUAAAUUGGACGUCGUAGUUCCAAUUCGUGACAGCACAACUUCUUCUGAUGUUGGUUAUUAUCGAACAGAGCUACAGAAAAACAGUCAACAAGUUGAUCUUGCAUUUUCUCCCUCGACGAGCCCCCAAUCAUCAGCCGGUAUGUCAAAUCAUAAAGAAGGGUCCACUAGAACCCUUAUCCUGUGCUUCGCUGGGAUCUUCGUGUGCUAUUUUUACUACGGUAUUCUACAGGAAAAGAUAACCAGAAGUGAUUAUGGAUUCGGAGAAACCAAAGAAAGGUUCACCUACUUCUUCUGUCUCGUCCUCGUUCAAUGCAUCAUCAAUGCUACAUUUGCAAAAUCAGUAUUAUUAUUUCACAAGCAAGGGCAGGACACAACCAGCACCAAACUGUACGUCCUCUGUUCACUCAGCUACCUCGGCGCUAUGGUCGCCAGUAACUCAGCCCUGAAAUACGUCAGCUAUCCUUUCCAGGUCUUGGGAAAGUCAUGUAAACCCAUACCAGUCAUGAUUCUCGGGGUCCUACUAGCGAGAAAACGUUACCCACUGCUGAAGUAUUUCUGUGUGCUUUUAAUUGUUAUCGGCGUGGCAACCUUUGUAUAUAAAGAUGGCAAAGCUUCAUCCUCUGUAGAAAGUGCAUUUGGAUUCGGUGAACUUCUACUGGUUUUGUCUUUAACUCUGGACGGUCUGACGGGAGUAGCUCAAGAGAAGAUGAGAACACAACACCAAACCACCUCCCAUCACAUGAUGGCAAAUGUUAAUCUAUGGUCUGUCCUGUACUUGACAAUAACUGUCAUAAUAACGGGUGAAGGAAUACAGUUUAUUGAGUUUGUCUCUCGUUAUCCCUACGUCAUUUGGAAUAUCCUUACAUUCGGAGCUGCUAGUGCUCUCGGUCAGCAUUUUAUCUUUGUCACAGUCACAACCUUUGGGCCGCUAACCUGUUCCAUAAUGACCACUACCAGGAAGUUCUUCACCAUCCUUGGGUCGGUCAUCCUGUUUUCCAAUCCACUUCUCCCGAGGCAGUGGGGUGGGGUGCUUCUCGUUUUUGCUGGCCUCGGACUUGACAGUGUCUUUGGGAAGAGCAAAUCGUCCAAGGCUAUUUAGUGAGUCAGACCAACUCUGCCUUAGUUUUCAUCUACAGGUCACAAUUUGCUAACCCUACAUUAUGUAGCUCCUUGCCAGUCCAAUCUACAUGAAAUUUGCAUAUUAUGCAUAAUUAUUCGUUAUCAAAAUUGUUAUUCAAAUUGUCUAUUUUUGUCUAGACUGGAAACAAAGUGCAUUGAAUACAUGGGCCAUAGUACAAUAACCACAUGAUAUCAUAUUGCAGGCUGGCAUAGUAUAUCUUUCAUUCAAAACUACAGUGGAUGAUAUUGAAU